AUGCCCAACACCGGCAAGCGGGCCGAGCCGCCCACGGAUGAGGAGAAGGCGCGCAUAGUGACCGGACCGGACCCUGAUAGGUUCUACUGUCCGCACCCUGGUGAGGCGAUGGGAGCGCCGAGCGAGGGGCCUGGGGCCGCAGCAGCCCAUGGCUGCAACCGCAGUUUCGCCGAGCUCUGGCGGCUGAAGGUGCACUUUCGGGCGCCGCCCGACGUGCGCGGCUCGGGCAAGGAGCGCGGCCACGGCACAGAGCUCAAGUUCUGCCCCAAGUGCGGCAAGGACCUGCGCCCCGGCAAGCACCACGUGGGCUGCUCCGCGGGCAAGAGCGCGCCGCGGCAGGCCGCCAAGCGGCAGCGCCAGCAGCAGAUGUCGACGACGACGGAGAGCGCGCAGGGGCUGACCGCGGCCACCACCACGGAGCACACCUCCAGCAGCUGGGAGCAGGCGGUGCGGCGGCAGGCGGUGAAGCAGCGGCUGACGAGCGAGGCCGAGUCGACGCAGCGCAGCAAGAAGGCGGAGGCGUGCCGCAUAGAGACGCUGGUGCAAAACCUGGAUGCCCACCACGUGGGCGGCCCUGAGCUGCUCUUCCACUCCAAUGUCUACCCCAGCGCGCAGCAGCAGCAGCAGCAGCCUCAGGCGCAUCAGCAGCAGCAGGGGCACGGCCCCCUGGACCCGGUGCAGGAGCGGCUGGUGCCGGUGGGCAACGGCCACCACCACCACCACCAGCAGCACCACGCGCACCAGCAGCAGCACUCCAUGCUGCCCAGCCUGGGCGCCGUGUUCCAUCAGCAGCAGCAGCAGCCGCAGCACCGCAACGGCUACGGCUCUCACGGCCACGGCGGCGAGCACGCGCCGCCGGCCGUCAAGCUGGAGGGCAGCAGCUUUGUCUGA